UUAACAAUGAAUUUUCUUCGGAUAAAGAAGAUAAAUUCACCUGCUUGUCUUGGGGAAAAGUAUAUGACGAGGAUUUGAAUGGCAAAGUUGACACACCUCCACCAAAAAAGAAAAAGAAAUUAUCAACACAAAUUCAGCAAUUUAGCAAAGUUAUCGCUCUUGGACUACAGAAUGGAUCUAUUGCUAUUUACUCAAUUGCUCACGGAGGCAUUGUAAAAACAUUGAGUGGUCUUUCGAUAUCUAAAUUUAAUGCCAUUCUGGCAAUUUCUGAAACGGGUACUAUAAAUAUUUUCAGAGAUGUGAAUUCCCGCUCUCCCGUGCAGUUAAAUAAAAAGAAAAAACGAUUUACAACACAAACGCCUGAUUGUAUAAUUAAGGUUUUAAAUGAAAAUGAUAACACUGUAAUACCAAUUAUUUCUGCAUGUUUCUUGAACGAAAAUGAAAAUGAAGAAAGUGGAUUUAUAAUGAUCGCCAGAGGGAAUACAGUAAAACCUAUUUUUGAAAAAGUGGAAGAAACGUUAGAAACAAAGUUGAAAGAUCUUGAUUUGAUGAGUGUGGAUUCUGAAAUGUCUCAACAAUCAUCUCACGCAUCAAAGUUUAAAACACUCCAAGGAAAUUCUAUGCAGCAAAUGUUAGUUCAAGCAUUACACUCAAAUGAUGAUCAUCUUUUUUGUUUGGUUUUAGAACAAACAAGCCCAGAUAUUGUUAACAACACCGUUAGAAAAUUACCUACAAGGUAUAUCAUACCUUUCUUAGAAAAGGUGAUCACAAGAUUUUAUGAAAAACCUAAAUCCGUAAUGAAUAUGUUACAAUGGAUAAAAGCUGUACCUGAUCUAACUCAUAAACUCUCAAAUUUUUAUCAAGCGUUGGAUUCUCGAUCGGCUGUAUUCCAAAAAUUGUUGAAUUUUCAGGGACGUUUAGAUUUAAUAAUGCAACAGAUAGCGAUGCGGAAAACUCAAGGAGCUGUAACAACAAAUGGGGUUGAAACUGUUUAUGUUGAAAGCAGUAGUGAUGACAUUAGUGAAGAUGGUCUUGAUAUAAUGGAUCAUACAAACGAAUCAAUUAAUGAGGCGUCUGAUUCCGAUGAU